AUACUUUUUAGUCAUCUGUUUGGCGACUCGACGGCGACACAGUGCUGCUGAGUGCGAAGGAGAUGGAACUCUUUCUAACUCUUUUGGGAUUUUAUUUGUCACCAUUACUUCUUAUAUUAGGUUUAAUUAUUAUCCCAGCAUGUUUUGGAGUCUCUAUUGGCCUAAGGAAAAUUUACAAGACGUUUCUCCUACAGCUAUUUGAGUUUGGACGUCAGCGAAUAGCUUUAGAAGAUAAAAAAAGGAAUCAUGAUGGUCAGGAUGAAGAACAGGAAGGACAACUACAGCCCUUGCAUUCUUAUACAUUAAGUAGAGAAAGAGGUGGUAGCGGAAGACAUAUUGCCGAAGGAGUAAAGAACCAAACAUCAGCCCUAAGUUCCAAAAAUGGCAUUGAUCAAGUGCGCAGAGAAUUUGAGCUGUCAGACGGACUUUAUUUUUGUAAAAAAGGAAUGGAAGCAAUAAUUGACGAUGAAGUUACAAAACGAUUUUCAGCAGAAGAAUUACCGUCAUGGAAUCUUUUAACAAGAACAAAUAUGAAUUAUCAAUAUUUAAGUAUGCGGUUGACAAUCCUUUGGAUCAUUGGAUUCAUAAUUCGCUAUUUUAUUUUAUUACCAAUCAGGUUGUCUGUGACUGUGUUUGCAUUGACCUAUCUUUUGAGUUCAACAGCAUUAUUGGGUUGUAUGCCAGACUCCAAUCUGAAAAAAGUGCUUAAUAAAUAUGUAAGUUUAACAGUGUAUAGGAUCUUAUGCCGAUGUUUCUCAGCUAUGAUCACAUAUCAUGAUCGUGAGAAUCGAGCUGUAGGGGGCGGUAUUUGUGUUGCUAAUCACACAUCUCCAAUUGAUGUUCUUGUACUUGCCAGUGACAACUGCUAUGCAUUUAUUGGUCAAAGUCAUGGAGGUUUGUUUGGUGUAAUCCAGAGGGCGCUAAGCAGAUCAGGCACUGACCAUAUUUGGUUUGAAAGAUUUGAGAUUCAAGACAGACGGGGUGUUACUCAAAGAUUAAAGGAACAUGUGGAAGAUUCAAGAAAACUGCCAAUGUUGAUUUUUCCAGAAGGAACCUGUAUUAAUAAUACCUCAGUUAUGAUGUUUAAGAAAGGAAGCUUUGACGUUGGUGGUGUUAUCUAUCCAGCUGCUGUCAAGUACGAUUCUCGCUUUGGUGAUGCGUUUUGGAAUAGCAGUCGCUUCUCUGGCGUUCAGUAUCUCAUGAUGAUGAUGACAAGUUGGGCAGUUGUGGCAGAUGUUUGGUACCUUCCACCAAUGUAUAGACAAGAAGAAGAGGAGGCGGCAACAUUUGCCAACAGAGUAAAGGCAGAAAUAGCUAAGAAAGGAGGCCUUGUUGACCUUGUAUGGGACGGCCAACUGAAAAGGGUGCGAGUAAAAAGCGAACUGAUUCGUGAAGAGCAACUAGAAUACAGUAAAAUAAUUGCUAGUGCCAAAGCAGAAAUGAAAGAAGAUUGAUGACACUGUAUACAUAUUUCAAAGCUGUAUAUUUUUUGGCCUGAAGCAAUAAUAUGACAAUAUAUUUAAUUGAUGAGGUUUUUAGCUCCCUAUAUUCCAUAUGUUUUGCAUAAUAUUGUCUAUUACAGUCGCAUUUCAAAACAAAAGUAUUAUCAUUAAGUACAUCAAACAAAUGCAAGCGCUGAAUACAAAGCUGGAGUUAAAUCAAUUUUACUCAUAGAUCCUAAAAUUCAAAACCUUAGCAUAUCUGCUACAAUUACAAUUCUGGACUAGUCGUUUUAGGGGAAAAUGAAUCAGUCAUGUUUAUACUGUAUUGUUUUCAUAUUUUUUGUUUUCUAUAUUAUUUUAAUUAUCAAAUUAAUUUUGAUUUAGUAUUAAAUUUAUUUAAGGUUUAAGUAAGGUUUCACCUGUUUAAGUUAGCCUUAGCACUGUUUAAGUAUGUUGGUCAUUGUGAUAACAAUUUGAUUAUCAAUUUAAACUUAGAGCCAGUAUUUUGUUCACAUGAGUAGAACAUUUUUCCAUUUUCAUAUUUGACUUGAAAAAUGAUGCUCUUAAUAAUAUUAAAGUUCUUCCAACUUUAAAAAUAUGAUUAUUUAU